AUGGGGUGCAGAGAGGCUACCUCAUCAGCGCGGAGGGGGCCCCGAGCAAAGCAGGCCAGGUCUCUUAUUUGCCUCAGCUGCAUAGGGAAGCUGCUUGGCAAGGUUGUGGAAGCAGCCGACGGCAGGACCGUUGCGUUAAGCGAGCGGCUCGAUGGUGGUGCGGACACACCAAUUUUGCAGCUGCAUUGGGAUGGCCACUGGACGCAGGUGUUGGCGCUGGUUGACGGGCUGAUCUCGUUCCUAAGAGGCCAAAACGAGGGCACCGUAGAGCGCAAGAAGCGACAGCUCACGGCCGCUGAGCAGGUUAUCAACAAGGGUGGCGCCAAGGGAUUAAAGCCCAGGGUGCGCGAGGCCGAGGCGCCGCUGUCUCUCUACUUUGGAGCGUGGAAUCACAACGGGGUGGCCCGCCGUCCAAAGCCAUUGGGCAAGCCUGACAAGUGCCACGCGCUGCCGGAGAUGGCGUGGUGGAACGCUCUUGGAGUGCUCUGCUGCACGUGCCAUCGAGGGAGGUUAACGGAGAGCGCCCCAUGCGUUCACAAGCUGAUCCUGGCGGCAUUGAGCGACAGUUGGGCUCCGAGCUGGGACCUGCCAACCAGUCAGACCCUUGGGCAGAGAGAAAAGAUUGAGCGGGUCUCGUGGGACGAUAGGGGGUCCUACUAUGCGGUGGUCGACAACCCCCGAAGCCCCUCGUGCGCCAAGCGGCGCAUGCUCCUUCAGAGUGUUGCCGGAAGCUGGCACUGCGAAGGGAAGAGAGACGGUUGCCCAUCGCUGACAGAGUGCGUCCACAUAAGCACGGCGAGAGCUGUUCUCGCCAAAGGGGAUGUGCCGGAUUGCGAGAGGCUGGCGUUCGGAUCGGCACCGUUUGCCAAGGCGGCAAUUGCCUGGUUAGAGGGCGGGCGUUCGCACGAUCAGCAAUGGUCCGAAGAGGAGUUGCCGCAAAUCGGGGACGAAAGGGCGGUGCCGACAGGGGUUGCCUCGCAGGGAAGCCUCGUGCCUCGAGAAGGAGGGGAGCUCACGGAUGAACAGCAGUACUUGUUGGGGCUGCUUCAGAGGCGGCCACACGAGGGGGGAGCGUGUGCCGGAGAGGAGUGCUUUUGCAAAAGGCACGCGGCUCUGUUCGGCGAGGCACGCCCCACGGAGACGGAGCCUGAGGGCCGCAAAACCCAAGUCAUGGGGCAGGAGGAAGGAGGGGGCGCACAUGAGCCGCCUGCAGGCAAGCGGAGGAGAAGGGGGAAGAGUUUUUGGGAGACGCAAGCACGUGCGCCCAUCCUGGGACGGGGCCGACCGGCGGAGCCCGAGGGGGCGGUGCCGCCGUUAGACGCUUGCGGAAAGGAGGCCAUCCACGGCUGGGUUGCGGCCUGCUCGAGCUGCACACUGAGCUCGCUGAAGAUCGAGGGCGCCUGCGCGCACGCGCUUCACGAGCGGGCCCAAUGUCAUAUGAUGCUGCUGACUACGGAAGCCGUUCAGGUUUCUAAACCAAAGCUGGCAAGGCCCAGCGACGCCUCAACUGUGCACGACCCUCUAGUCACAUGCCUCCAAUUCCCGGUGCCCCUUAGCGAGCUCAGAGACUGCCACUAUGCCGAGCUCUCCCGACGCGGCCUCCUGAGCGCCCCUUGCCCCCUUGAAGCCCCUCCUUGCGGAACUCAAUGGAUGGAAGCCUGGGUAGAGGCUACCGUCGAGGCGUCAACGUGGAGCAAGAAGGUGCGAGUGCGGCUGUACCACUGUUCGUGCCUGGACCGGGCCCAUGCCGUCCACUUUGACGGGGAGCAUCUGGGGCUCUACGUCUGGUCCAAACGUACGCUGUUUCACCAACAAAGCCUCCAGCUCCUUCUGCGGGGCAUGCAAAGCGGCCAAUCUUUCAGGGCCGUGCUCGCGCGUGAUCAGACCGCGUUCGAGUACACCCCAACCGCGGCGGUUCUGAGCGAAGAGACGUGGCGUCGGGCAAGCCUCGACUUCUUCAAGCUGGUGGGGCUGGGGCUUCGGGAUUGCUGCUCGUUGUGCGGGCCGCAUCCACAGGUGCUCAUUUGCGACGGGAUUGUGGGGUUGGCCAGCGCGGACGGCGGACAAAAGCCGGGGGGUCUUGGGAGCUCUUCGCUCGACGCGCGGCGCACGUUCUGCCAUCCCAGCCAAACCUCCACGGGGGAGCUCCUCGAGAAGCGGCCCAUCUCCGGUCGCGACUACUGCGGGGCAAGUCUUGUGGGUGGCGGCUUGAAGCGCAAGCUCUUGCUGCUACCCGAGUUGCGAGAAGCGCAUGCACGCCUCUCUCAGCACAGGCCUCAGGACGGGAAGCUCGGGGAGAGGUUGUCGAAGACGGAGUUUGGAGCGCUCUUGAACGGGCUGGCCCACGAGAACCCCCAGACCGUGAAGCGUUUUGGGCCGGAUGAGGCGGAGGGGUCGCUUCCAGAGGACGGCAGACGGCGCAUGCUUGCCGACCAGCGCACGAUGGUGCGAGACCGGAAUCUGGCCGUCCUCGAGUUGCUGACGGGGAUCCAGGCCGACUUCGAGAGGCGAGGGUUGAGUCCAGACCUGUGGCUGCACUGGGUGGGGGAGUGGACGGAGCUCCUCUACUGCUUGGGCGCGCACGACUCAGACGAGGAUCUAAUUGGGGUUGGCGCGUUGCACGUGAUCCGGCGGCUUUUGCUUGGGGGCGAGGCAACUCUUGAGGACCGGCGAGACUUGGCAAGGGACGCGCCCAUCUUGCGGCGCAUCCUGGACGCGUACGAGGGGCUCGCGUUUCCGGCCUUCUUCACGCGCACCCUCUACCAUCUCUACCUCAUCACCGUCUUUUCAAGGGGGGCAACGGGAUUCGAGGCCGAUGGGCGGCGCGGCUGGGUGCACGAGGCGCUCGACCCGUUCGAUCGAGCCGUCAAUCUCUUUAGGGAGGCUCGAGCACGGCCCUUUAGCAUCGAGGAGCGACGGCAGUUGGACGAGGCGUGCGGGCUGGCAAACAAAUUGCUCCCAGGCCCUACUUACCUACCUCAGCAACGUUUUUGA